AUGUCAUCUGUUGAUUGGAAUGAAAGUAAUGUCGAACGUGUCAUUCAAGGUUUCAAUCCAUCAAGCUUUUUUGGGCUUUCAUCUUAUAUGUUUGACAAGAAAGGCGAUCUUCGAUAUUGUAACGAAGAACCGUUGAAGUUAACGCGUGGUAAAUGGGAUUAUUACACCCCAUUUAAAGGUUGGAUACGUUAUGGUUUGAAUAUCGAUAAAUUUGGCUCUUGUGGUUCACAGUGGCUUGCUUGUGACGGUGCUGCUGGUGAAUGGGCUGUUGGGUUCCAUGGAUUUCGUCGUGAUGUAUUGAAUUCAUUGAAACACAUAGCCACUGAAGGUUUCAAAGUUUUUCAAGGUAGCAAUAGUGAAUGGGGUACAACCUCAAAGGAUGUUGGCCCGAAUGCAUCUUUAUUUUCUGAAAAAACAUGCGGAAAAGGUAUAUUUUUAACACCAAAGAUGAAACAUAUGACAGAUAAUGUUGAGAAUUGUCGAUUAAUCAAACCGAUCCAGUACAAUAAACACUACUAUAUAGAAGUUGCUUUACAAUGUCGAAUUAAUCCGAAAAAAAUUCGACUACCAGAAUGCUCCCAAAACGAAUAUUAUAUUGUGAACGAUCCGGUGAAUGUUCGCCCCUAUGGACUUGUUAUUCAUUUUUUGACAGAGACCGAAGCGAAAGCUAUUUUAGAUGGUAACAAUUUUAAUUUAGCGCCGGCUAUUCCAUUUGUCUAA